UCCCGGCUCGCCGAAACAGGCUGUCAUUCGUGUUCAGAGCCUCCAAGCGGACAGAAGCUCUCCUCGGCUCGAAGAACGGAAAACAGUAGAGUAGAAGUUAGAAUCUUAGGGCACAGAAGAACAAAAAAAAAGUAAAGACACAAGUUAGAUAGUUGAGCUGUGUUCCAGUAUAUCACGUGCAAUGAUCAAACGAUCUUCCACCGGUGUCACAGCUUAAGAUCAUGCGAUAACAUCUCGCCACUACAAUAUCGUUCUCCCGCACUACUUGUGGAAGGAUUACUAUUCGAUCAUUCAAAUGAUCCUCGGUUGAUCUCUUCGCAAGCGGAAAGACUUACCCAGCCAAACCAUGCAGCAUCGGUAGCAUCGGCUUUAAAGCAAGAAAACAGUUCCUCUUGUGCGUGUAGUUUCUCUGUUGUGUGCUCUCUGUGUGUUUUGCUGGUUCGCAUUUGUGUGUGUGUUUGUGCCUAUUUUUCGUGCGUGUUCUUUGGUGUGUUUAGUGUGUUGUGUAACUCCGAUCCUUUUGGAGAUGAUAUUGGACGGAUUGUCGAAAGAAAGUUAAAAAUAGCAACAACAAAAAAUGACUCCUAGCACCAGCAGCUAGUGAUCGUUCGGGAAAAAUAAAUUAAGAAACAAGUGAAGUUCACUUUGGUGCUUGUUGAUACCUAACUCCGCGUGCAAUUCGUGCACAUUCGUCUUCUUGAUCAGUCAGCUCGUGCGUGAAUGUGUGUCUGUGUUUGUGUUUGCGUGUGUUCCUAGUUUUGGUACACACACUCUCUGGAAACAAGAAACAUUACCGUCUCGCAGCACAUCAGCGUCGGAAGGCAUACGCUGCUCUCUAAAGUCAUUAUCAGGAAUAGCUAAACCCGCUCACUCCACGCCUCAACAUGUAUUACGACGACAACGUGGUGUUCGAGAUUGUCGAGCAUACAAGCCGCUUCACGCUCAACUCUGCCGGACGAUCGCCAGCAACCAGACGGACGGAGCAGCGCCAGCGCAGCCUCCAGUUCCGGCAGCACGGUGUGCCCCAGCGCAUGAUCUACGACGAUGGGUGCAAGAUGUUGGGCUCGCCCGGCAAGGAGAACAUGCCGACCGAGGAGCUGUUUUACCAGAGCCACAGCCCGCAGCAGAGCCCCCAGCCGUGCAGCCCGUGCACGCUCUGUCCCGAGGAUGGCGAGCUGCUGCCGUCGGAGAGCAACACGCCCAGCAAGCACAUGGCGAUACCGAUCGUGAGCGGGACGACGGGCCCGAUGGUCGUCGCUGCCGCAGCCGGCAAGCUGACCACCGGCCCGGGCGGGCUCGGCUACCGUCUGCGCCGCCCGCUGGACGAUCACGAUCCCAACUCGAUGGACUCCGGCUACGGUGCGAGCGUGCUGAACGAUGCGCUCAUGAGCUCGCUACACAACAGCAGCAGCGGUUCGGUGACCGCGGCCAAGCAAUCGCACCACUCCCUGUUCCAGUUCAACCAGUCGCAGACGGCGCAGAACAGCAGCCUGUCCCGGCACAACAGCGCGAGCUCGCCCGCGAGCUCGCGGGGCCGACUGCUGCUGCACAGCAGCCUGUCGUCCGGCUCGAUGGAAUCGAUGGACGAUAUGGAGCUGUUCGACAUGGAAGCGAUGGAGGACGACGACAUGGAGGGCAAGGGGCAGCCGGGGCAGCAAUCGCGUACCCAGCAGCCGAGCGGGCUGAGCUCGCUGAUCUGCGGCACGAUCAAGACGACGACGCGCACGGCGACGACGCCCGAGCACCAGAAGCGUCCGUUCGUGCGCCGCUGCCUCAGCCUGACCGAGAACAACAAUGGCACCGUGCUGCAGCAGCAGCAGCAGAUGAAGACGCCGGAGCGCUACUCGCGCCGCAUGAUCGCGAUCGAGGAUCAGGAAAACUGCAACCUAACGCCGUACUCGUCGCGCACGGAAGCGGCGGUGACGCGCUGCUUCAAGCGGCCGGAACCGCCGGGCAUUAACCCGGUGCAGAGCAAGCGCAGCAAGAUGCAGAUGGAUGCGGUUGCGUUCGCACCGCCGGCCGUGACCGCGCUGGACAGUCCGGCCCGCACGACCGUGCUGGCGGCGGUGCCGAAGAAGCCGGUGUACCAGAAGUCGAUCUCGAUGAACGAUGCGCAGAUCAUGAGCGCCCUGUCGCGGUCCUCGUCCGAGCCGGAUCUGAUCGGCGACUUCAGCAAAUCGUACGUGCUGCCGCUGAUGGAGGGCCAGCACCGGGAUCUGAAGUCGAUCUCGGGCGACACGAUGGCGCGGCUGGUACGCGGCGACUACAAUGACAAGAUUGCGAGCUUCAAGAUCAUCGACUGCCGGUACCCGUACGAGUACGAGGGGGGCCACAUCCGGGGCGCGAAGAACCUGUACACCCAGGAGCAGAUCGUCGAGGAGCUGAUCCAGUCCAAGACGGCUCCGCCGAAGGUCACCGACGGCCAGGACGGGACGAUGCGCCGUCACAUCAUCGUGUUCCAUUGCGAGUUCUCGUCCGAGCGUGGUCCAAAAUUAUCACGCUUCCUGCGCAAUCACGAUCGCAUCCUGAAUGCCGACAGCUACCCGGCGCUGCACUAUCCGGAGAUGUACCUGCUGCACGGCGGCUACAAAGAGUUCUUCAAGGCGCAUGCCGAACUCUGCGAUCCGAUCGCGUACCGACCGAUGCUGGAUCCGGACUUCGGCGAAGCGUACCGGCACUUCCGGGCCAAGUCGCGCAGCUGGAAUGGGGACGGCACUGGUACGGUCAAGGCCAGCGCCACCGCCUCCUCCAGCUCGCUCGCCUGUGGACCGAACCGGCUGACCAAGUCGCGGUCUCGAUUGAUGCUGUAACGCCUCUCCCCCCUGGCACGCCGCUUAAUGGUGUGUGCGCUGAAAGCUGGUUGCUACCGAACUGUGUUGAACGUGUUUUUUCCCGUAUCUUUUGGUGCCCCGAUCUUCCUCCAUCACCCUUUCGCCCCUUCCCCUUUUAUCCACGCUCACGUCUCUUGUAUAUACGUUAUGGAAUGUUUUUUUUUUUGUUGUUAUUAUAUUUUUAUACUUACGUUUACCUUAGUUUAAUGUUUUGUUUUUCUUUGCUAACGAAAGCAGAGCCGACAACAAUUACCGUUGCAAGACAGUUUUGUGCAUAUUUGGAAAAGUUUCAUUAAACGAAUGACAUUUUUGAACAAACAUUCAAAAUAAACAAAAAAAAGAAGAAGAAUAGGAAGAAACGUAACAAUUUUUCGUCAAUUAGCUACAAUUAACUUGUUGAAUUCAAACGCGCAGCACCAUACGGCAAUAGCAAUACACAAACCGAGAACUGGUCGUUCUGCUGUUAGCAUACUCAUUACUGACAAGCACAAAAAAGCACAUCUCCCCCGCUCUGAAAUAGUUUACCGUAUAGGAUUUUUUUUGUUUGUCUCAUUAUUGCUUUUUGAUGUGAACGUUUUUCUUUUUUUUUUAAUUUUUCAUAGUUUACGUUCUUUUCUUUUAUUUUUUAGUUGCGUUGUUAUUCCUGAGUUUUUCUUUUUAAUAUCUGUGAUUUAGAAUGACUUAUCUUUUGAAGUAUUCUUUUCAUAACAAAAAAAAAGAACCGCAUCAGCUUGUGCGAUGGGUGUCCCAAAAAAUCUCAUAAAACUUCAAUCGAAGUCGAAGAAGCGUCGUGGUGUAACGAAACUGGGGACUUGGGGCGAACCGUUGACGACAAAUUGCGUCCCAGUGGAGACUAAACGAUAAGAAGUAAUGUUUUCCAAACCAUGUGUAGUAGGGACGGAAAACUGUCGAGAAUUGUUAGCAGCUUCGUGGAAAUGGAGCACUUGAAACUAGGCUCUUUACUCUCAUUUCUUACCUAAACAGCCACACCAGUUCUGUAGCAUUGCAAUAGAUUUUAGAGUUAUCGUUUGUUUUGGUGCGUGCACGGUUAGAGCAGGACGGUCACGAAGGAGCACGGUACUAAAAUGACAAGUGCAAAUUAGGUAAAUAAAUAUAAAAACCAACCUCCCGGGUGCGAUUGUAAGUGAUAACUACUACUACUACUACUAUAUGGAACCGAUACACAGCUCCAAACUGUGCGGAAAGUGUGAGGGUAGGCCUAUUUCCACAAACAAGUGAAAUGCCUGUCCAAGACAGCGGUGCUUGAUGUGGGACUUUGCGUGUUGUUAGGCUAUGCUAUAACAAGGGAGCGAAAAUACCACAAGGAUUAUUAAACCUAACCCCAUGGAAUACACAGUAGCGCAGAGUAGAUUCCUCUCCGACAGAUUAUACAUCUCACAAGCAUCGCUGCAUGAUUGUUGAAAAGAAGAAAAAAAAA